UGGGUAUAUGAAUAGAGGUGUAGAGGCGCUUCCAAGUCCUUUCUUUAUAGCAAAACAUCUAGCAGAGCUCAUUAUAGAAACAGAACAGAAACAGAGCGUUCAUUACUUUCUUUCCUUUCUGAGCUUUUCUUCUUUCUGUUUCUUUCCUUUUUGAGGUUGCAACUCUAUAAAGCAGAACCGUUAUCAUUUUGCUCUCUGCACUCAUCUCUUUGUUCUUUUUCUCUUUGUUUUCUCUCUCUUUUGGAUCCAAUGGAAGGAUUAGAAUCGGUUUAUGCGCAAGCUAUGUACGGUACGAACAGAACCAUGGAGCAUCAUCAAGGAUCAGAUUUGGUCUGGGGAGGCAAUGAGCUAAUGCCUCGAGAGCUCUGUUCUUCUUCUCACCAACUCAUUAAUCCCAACCUUAGAAGCUGUUUCAUGUCCGAUCUUGGAGUCAUUAAUGAGAUUCAACAUCAACAACACGUCGGAAACAGAGCUGCUUCGAUAGAUCCAUCAUCUCUCGAGUGUUUGUUGUCAGCGACGACAAACACUUCAACGGAAGACGACGAAGGUAUCUCUGCGCUUUUCUCAGAUUGCCAGACUCUUUGGAGCUUUGGUGGAGGAGGAGUCUCAUCUGCAGAGUCUGAGAACAAAGAGAUCACGACAGAGACAGCAACAGCAAAGCCUAAGUCUUUGAAGAGAAACAGAGACGAGACAGGAAAUCACUUCCGUCUUGUUCAUCAUCCUCAAGAUGAAACAGAGAAGGGAAGCUUCAAGCUCAUAUACGAUGAGAAUCAACCGAAAAAGAAACCAAGAACAGAGAAAGGAGGUGGUUCUUCCAACAUCAGUUUCGGACAUUCAGCUUCUUUGUCUGAUAAUGCCGAGCCUGAUGCAGAAGCGAUCGCGCAGAUGAAGGAGAUGAUAUACAGAGCGGCUGCGUUUAGACCGGUGAACUUCGGUUUGGAGACUGUUGAGAAGCCUAAGAGGAAGAACGUGAAGAUAUCUACGGAUCCUCAAACGGUGGCAGCGAGGCAGAGGAGGGAGAGGAUAAGCGAGAAGAUUAGGGUUUUACAGACAUUGGUUCCAGGUGGGACUAAGAUGGACACUGCUUCAAUGCUUGAUGAGGCUGCUAAUUAUCUCAAGUUCCUUAGAGCGCAAGUAAAGGCGUUAGAGAACUUGAGACCCAAGCUUGACCCAACCAAUCUCUCCUUCUCCUCUCCUUUAUUCCACCCUUCUUUUCUUCCCAUGCAGAACCCUAAUCAGAUCCAUCAUCACCCUGAGUGUUGAACAUGUCGGUUCAUCAUUAUCAUCAUCAUCAUCAACAAAAUCAUAACGUCUUGAUUGUUUUAGCAGUUCUCAAGAAAAAGGCAAGAAUGGUGUGUUGGGUAGUGUUGUUUCUACUUUCCAGUCUUUGUUUUCUGCAUUUCUUUUUAUACAAAGUUUUUCUUUUAAUUAUCUU